GUUCCUUGCUGGCGCACCUACAUUUCGGGCUCAGGAUGGAGUGAAUAUCAAAUGCAAAAAUGCCUGGGUCUGGAAGAAUGCAACUUGUGAUGCUGCGUUUGGAUUCCAAAAAAAUCUGUAUUGCAUGAGUACCAAAGGGAAUGCAAUUUUUGCUACGCUGAGAAGGCAUUUGUCAUGCGGAAUAGGCAUCAAGAAGCCCUCAAAAAAUCUGUCUUGCUAGGGUAUGGAUCACAGACAUCAUGGCUCAUGCAAAACGUGCGUGACAAGUGUCAGAAUCUUCCAGACCCAGACAUUUUUACAGUUGAUAGUGAAUUACUUCUGCUUAAAGCUGGUCCUGCCCUUGCAAAAACUGCACUCCGUAGCGGAGUGGGUGGAGGAUCUGAAGAACUCGGGGGAAAAUUUUUCCACACCAGAGGACAGGGAAAAGGCUCUGCUGAACCGUGUCCGGGACAGGGGAGGCUGGCCCGCUCUCAUUCGCCGCUCUCAUGCUUUGCGGGAGGACGAUGGCUCUGGCACAGUAAAAAGCUUUUGGCUCGUGGAGGUCAAAACGCACACGCAUCGGCUUCAUGACGUGGCGCGAGAAGUAUCAGCCUCUCUUCAAAAAUCGUCUGGAGUGGUUCCAUUGCAGGACCAGUACCUUUUCGAGCGUCCGGUCGACGCCCCGAACAGACUAGAAAUUCUUAAGGCAACCAUGAAGCUGGGUGCGCUCUGGACGGACAACGAAAGACACGACUACGAUGUGCAAUCUGGUUAUGGAAGCGUCAGGUUCUUUGAAAUCGCCAAAGUUGAAAUAGUACUUUGUGAUGGAUAAAAUGCAUACGCGCGAAAUAAGUACGUGUGUUGCAGAGCAGGCAAGGGAGGCCGAUUGUAAGUCUGUUUGGGGUUACUUAGGGCUCGAGCUGCUAAAGUAGCAUGAGAAAUAAAUCAGCCAUCUUUGCCUAAACAGUCGAUGACAAACUGGAUUUAGGCAUCACCAAAAUUUGUCAUGCGCCACUUGGAAACUGGGUUCCAACUGGCAUCCAUUUUAUGCAUGGCAAAGGAUUUCAACUUUGACGAUUUCGAUCCUGACAGUUCCAUACUGGUAAACGCCGGGGGCGGCGAACGCACGAGGGAGCGCACCUGCUCCGGAUGCAGGCCGUGGCGGCCUACAUAUGGAAUGUAAAAAUGUCUGGGUCUGGAAGAAUGCAACUUGUCAUGCUGAUUUUGGAUUCUAAAAAAAUCUGUAUUGCAUGAGCAGCAAAGAGAGUCCAAGUUUUGCUACACGGAGCGAGCAUUUGUCAUGCGGUAGAGGCAUCAGGAAGCCCGCACAAAAUCUGUGAUGCUAGGGCAUGCAUCACAGACAUCAGGAGUCAUGCAAAAUGUGCAUCACAAACCUGGCAAUCUUCCAGACCCAGACAUUUUUACAUUUGAUACUACCUUGUUUUGGACCAUCUCAUCUCGGUAUCACUUCCAAAAUUUUCCCUACUUCCCCAGAACUUGGCAGCCUUAGUAUUUAGUUGCUUUCAACAUCUUGCAUUGAUUUGGAUGCAGCACAAAGUUCAAGUUGCGACCCAGACGAGGAGCGAAUAAAGUUUGUAUAUAAUGCAAGAAGGCUCCUGCAAGAAGACAGUGGAAGUCGUCACGGCGUACGAGCUGCUUCAGCAUUGCAGCUUUCCUAGAAUGACAGACACUAGAAAAACAAAUCAGAACUACGAGAAACAGUAUUCGCAGUACAGUAAAGGAGUACUUUUUCGUGUAGUUCUUAGUACUCCUUGGUGACCACGAGGGUUGUUGAACCCUAGCUACUUAGCCGAAAGUAAGUAAGGAGACGAAAAAGUCCGCACUCGGAAAGCAUGCAGACUUCUGCGGGUCGUUGGGGAUUUUGCAGGUUGACAUCACCCCUCGCCGGACGGGGAAGUUUAUUCGCCUGAAGACAGCAAGAAGGCGAUGCGCUGGCUCAAGGAGAUCGGGUAUGGAUUGCAAAAAUGUCUGGGUCUGGAAACUUGUGAUGGUGGUUUGUGAAUGGUUGACGCACUGCGAUAUGCAGCCACGCAUGACAACUUUCUGAGCUCGUAUGUGUUUCGCUUCCCGCAUGACAAAGUGCAUUUUUGCAUGACACGUAAGAGGCUGCCUUCCUGCUCAUGCAUUACAGAUUUAAGAGGCAUGCGAGACUAUGGGAUGGUCUGACCGAUUACGCUUUCAAUAAUUCAAAAAAAUCUUUAGUAAGACAGCAAAUAGCAACAAUUAGCCGCCGAAGCCGCCCCCGCUGUUUCCGCGCCGUUUGUGACGUCUUUUGCCGCCGUCUUCAGAAGCCGUCGUAUGCUGUUGUCAAAUAAGUAGUUCUAAAUGAGAUCCCAAUCUGAGCUAGCUAGUUUAGGCAAUGCCGACUUUCUCAUUGCCAUGAGCAGCUUGAACCCACUCACCUAAGGUGUUUGGCCGCCCAGAUCCACACGGCUUCCGAGGUUGACGGGCACGAACUUCGUCUGGAGCCCCGUGCGGAUUGUGGGAAUGUUGUCAAAAAAUAUUUUCAUUUUUCAGCAAUCACGAUGGUGCGAUGCGUUUUUUUCAACAAUCAACGAUACCAUCGGGAAUCCGUUUAGAGGACCCCUUUAGAAGACGUCUCCUAAAGGGGUCUUGUAAAACUCCAAUCGCGAUGCUAUGGCGUGCAUUUGUAGGGGUCUUUUGAGACCCCUCCAAAACCGUUUAGAAACCUCCGUUUGAAUCGCGGAGAUUCAUUUUUGGGAAACAGCAUCUGCAUUGGUCGAUUUUGCUAAUGAAAAACAAAAAAAAAGCAACAGAUAUACCACUCACACGGGGCUCCGAGCAACGUUCCGGUGGAGCAUCCAAGGUAGUCGGCAGCUUCGGAUCGCAGGAGAGGAGAGAGCUGGCGGCACCUCAAUGCAAAUCUUCAAAUAGCUACUUUCUAAGAUGCAUAUUAGCUAGUUCAAAUUGGGAUCUCGUUUAGAACUACUUAUUUAUCACCUUCAUAAUCUGCCAAGUGGCGACGCGCGGAAGCUGUGGACAACGGAGCACCAAAACGGAGUCGAUUCAGGAUGGAUAUGUGCCUAUUUGCUGUCUUAAAAAAGAUUUUUUUGAAUUAUUGUUUCGUUAAUCGGGCAGACCAUCCCAUAGAGACAAGCAUGACAAACUUGCAUUUUUCCAGACCCAGACAUUUUUACAUUUGAUAUCGGGGUGUAUUGGCUCCACUUACAACGAGCGCGUGAUGCUAACGCACCGGGCUUCGAUAUCGUGAGUAAAAACGUCCCCACCCCAUAGUCAAGAUGGGAAAUCUGCUACACAAAUCCCUGAGCUUUGGCUGUCGCGCAUGACAAAUUUGGGCUCGCAGUGUAGUCGUGUUUGGCUAGUGCAGCAGCAUCACAGACCCCGUCUGUCAUGCUGGUCCUUGCAUGACAAGUCUCAAAUCACCACUAGAAAACGCCUCUCAUGGGUCUCCGCAUGAGAAGCAUUUUACACAUGCAGAUUUGCAUUACAACUCUAGGGUGGGGACGUUUUUACACAGGAUAUUCGAACUAAUGCUUUCGCUUGGACUCACCGACGAGUGGCAGACAAAGCUCCACGAAAUGUGGAACGAGUACCAGAAUCAGUUGGUGGAAAGAUCGCGCGCGGAAAGACCAGAAUCAGUUGGUCGAAAGACCAGAAUCACUUGGUGGAAAGAGUACCCCCGGGGGCGCUCCGGCACUUGGUGGCAAGAUCGGGCGCCCUCUCCUUUUUUCAGCAUCAGCACCUGGAAGCAUAGGGUGGCGGCAGCGUCAGCAUCUGGUACAACUGGAGCAGCUGCGAGCGCCGCCUCUUCGACAGCUCCAGCCCCGCGGCCUUCGGCGUCAGCAGCUUCCAGACCACCUUCCAGAUCAUCUUCCAGAUCACCUUCCAGAACGUCUUCCAGAUCAUCUUCCGCAAAAGGGGGCCGGAGAAAUGUCCGCCAGGUACUAUAGUCUGCAAUGCAAUUAUCUGUAAAUAAAUCUGCGCUCCAUGAUCCUUGUUGUAGCGGUCGGGAUUUUUACUGUGAUAGAAUCACUGCGGUCGUCGAGAUCUGGGCCGUGAAUGUUAAGUAGAGCCGUGUCGUGCCAGAUGGAUGCUAAGGAGAGAGUUCUUACGCCAGAAAUUAUACCUGCGAAUGUAAAAAUCCGCAAAAAUAAAACUGGCCUACAGGUUGAUGUACAGGAACAAAGGGGCGGACAAGGAAAAGGGGACCAGGGACGGGGAAUAAAGGGUGAGGAAGGCAAAGGGCCUCCCUAUCAAAAGGAAAAUCAUGGUGCCGGCGCAGCUGCGAGCGCCGCCCCUGCGACAGCUCCUUACCCUCCUCAGCCGGAACAAGAUGAAGCAAAUUAUUUAUGCCAAGAAAAAAGUGCUACAGUUACACACCCAUUCGAAAAGUAGGCGAACGGCGACCGGGGCCUUCAGGUGGGACCUCCUUUGCCAGCCCGAACAGAACAUAAGUCACACAGCCGCUGGCUAGUUCCAUUCGUUCCAACUUUAUCACAGAGCAGCACAAUCAACGCAGUCUCUGACGCAGUCUCUGCCCUGGCGUCAACAAGAGUAAAAAAUUUACUGCGGGGCAGAAAAAAUUCGAUGUCUACUUUUCGUGCAGUGUGUAACUGUAGCAUUGUUUUUCUUUGAUACCCUCUGGCAGGAGCUCCAGACUCUCCUCAACCGGCUGAAAGAACACCUACGGGGCAGUCGGAUCAUUCUCUGGGACCAUUCCCCUUUGGGUUCCAACCCC